AUGAAACGUGCCCAAUCGCAGGGCUCUUUUUUCGCUCUCCGCGGAUGCUAUAAAGAGCACCUCUGUCAGUUUCGGACCACUGGUGGGGGAGUACUGGUGGAGUUCUCGCGAUGUCUGGACGGUCAGGGAGGUAAAGCUCGCGCCAAAGCUAAAUCUCGCUCUUCCCGAGCCGGGCUGCAGUUCCCCGUGGGCCGCGUGCACCGCCUGCUCCGCAAGGGCAACUACGCCGAGCGCGUGGGCGCCGGCGCCCCCGUGUAUUUGGCGGCCGUGCUGGAGUACCUGACGGCCGAGAUCCUGGAGCUGGCGGGCAACGCGGCGCGCGACAACAAGAAGACGCGCAUCAUCCCGCGCCACCUGCAGCUGGCCAUCCGCAACGACGAGGAGCUCAACAAGCUGCUGGGCAAGGUGACGAUCGCGCAGGGCGGCGUGCUGCCCAACAUCCAGGCCGUGCUGCUGCCCAAGAAGACCGAGAGCCACCACAAGGCCAAGGGCAAGUGAAGUCCCGGAAAUUCAACUUCCGGUAAACCAAAAGGCUCUUUUCAGAGCCACUGACUUUUAUCAUUGAGGGUUGCUGUAUUACGAUACUUUUUACUUGCGUAUUCGUUUAGGUAUUGGAUCGAACUCUGGACCUUAUGCUUGCAAGGCAGGCAGCGGAGCCACUGAGCUAAAACCCUGGCUAUUCCAUACUUUUAAAUUGCAAUUCCAAGAGGUACAUAGGUCUUUAUACUGGCUUUAGCAAAGAAAAUUGUGAUUGAGUUACGAUUAGUGCUAUUUUUCCAGUCAAGAGUUUCAACUUUUUAAAAAUUUGAUGAAAGUUCACUUAAACUAUGUUAAUCUGCCAUACCUUUAUUUGGACACUGGUGCUCAAGCUGAUCCGGAUAGAAAAUAGCUCUCCCAGGAUAAUUUUUUUUCCUACGAAAACCCAUUGUAAAAGCUGUGAUAAGUGUGCUUGGGGUUGCAUUAGAAAGAAUGUAUUUGACCGUGUUUCUCUGCAUUGCCAAUAUGGAAGACCCAUUUGAGACCCCCUCGUGCCUCAGGUGCUUUCCUCAUUCCCCAUUCUUAUUUUCCAAUAAAUUUCCCUACUCACAAAAGAAGGAAGAAAAAAGAUUUUACCUGCCCUGUGCCUGUAACUGUAACCCCAGCAUUUUAGAGGAUGAGGCAGGAGGAUGGCCAAGUUCAAGCCAUCCUGGGCUACACAGUCAAUUUAAGACUGUCCUGAACUACAGAGACCCUGUCACAAAAAAAUAAAAUUAUGAGAAGCACUGAUAGGUUUCUAUCUAUGUAACUGCUCUCUUCCUUCCCGGUUAUCAGAUUACUCAAUAAACGUGGCCAGGGUGAACCUGUUUCCACAUGAAGUACUGGUUUCCCUCUUGGAGACAUUAAUUAAAAUGACUUUGUAUAAACAUUCUGUACCCAUUUUCUCACUUAAUAUCGCAUUGUUUUCUAUAUUUGCACUUGUAGG